GUCGAACUCAAUUACUCCCCGAACGUUUAGCCUCAAGACUUUUUUUUUUUCUUUCUUUUCUUCAAUAACUUUAUUAAGCCCAUUUUGAAACAGGUUUUCUACAAGGUUACCCUGACAUCAGUGCCGCUUCCUGUAGCGCUCAUUCCGUUUCCGGUAAAGUGGAGGCUCUCCCUUGAAGGAUAUAGCAGGCUGCAGGUGAGAGGGGGUUCUAGCAGGGAGCCCCCAGUCAAUUGGGUUGGUAAUGUUAUCCCUGACAGCUGAUAUGGCCAGUAUGCUGCUGGCUAUUAAAAUACUUGGAGAGAAAAAGAAUCAUUGUGAUGGCUGCUGUGCAUUAUUAUGGAUUAAUCUGGAUUUAUCUAGAAUAUUUUUUUUCUCUGCUUCAAGUAUAGCUUGGGAAGUUCCAAAAAUACACUCUUGUCACAAUGCAGACAAUUGUGAAAGAAGUGGCAGGCUUGUGGGAACUGAGCAGAAACAGUGGCCAAUAUCAAGUGUUGACCAUUUUAGGUUUUGAUUUAUUUAAAGGAAUACUCCAGACCUCUAAAGCAGUUUUGGUGUAUAGAUUAUGCCUCUGCAGUCUCAGUGCUCAUUUCUCUGCCAUUUAGGAGUAAACUCACUUUGUUUAUGCAGCCAUAGCCACACCUCCCUGCAUGUGACUUACACAGCCUAACUAGACACUUCCUGAAAAGUGAGAUCUAAUGUUUACACUUCCUUUAUUGCACAGUCUGUUUAAUUUUAGAAUUCUUUAUUUUCUGCUCUCUUAGUAGCUUGCUAGACCUUACAGGAGCCUUGUGUAUGUGAUUAAAGUUAAAUUUACAGAGCAGGAGAUAAAAUUCUUUAUUAUAUAUCGUUUUAUUCAGGGGAAACGGGGCUUUCAUUUAAUAUCAAAUAUUUAGCUGUGAAACAUAAUUUAAUAUGAAAAAAAUGGGAGAAAGUAAGAAUUAAUUUUUUUAGUUCUACAUGACAUUUUAACUGUCAAUGUCAUAAUACUGUUUGCUUUUACUGCAAUAAAAUACACAUAUUUGUAUUCAGCAAAGUCUCACGUGUAAAACAGUACCCCCUAUGUACAGGUUUUAUGGCGCUUUGGGAAGUUACAGGGUCAAAUAUAGCACGUUACAUUUGAAAUUGAAAUUCGCCAGAUUGGUUACGUUGCCUUUGAGACUGUAUAGUAGCCCGGGAAUGAAAUUUACACCCAUAAUGGCAUACCAUUUGCAAUAGUAGACAACCCAAGGUAUUGCAAAUGGGUAUGUCCAGUCUUUUUUAGUAGCCAUUUGGUCACAAACACUGGCCAAAGUUAGCGUUAGUAUUUGUUUGUGUGUGAAAAAUGCAAAAAACGCCAAUUUUGGCCAGUGUUUGUGACUAAGUGGCUACUAAAAAAGACUGGACAUACCCCGUUUGCAAUACCUUGGGUUGUCUUCUUUUGCAAAUGGUAUGCCUUCAUAGGGGUAAUUUUCAUUCUUGGGCUACCAUAGGGUCUCAAAGGCAACCUAACCAAUCUGGCUAAUUUUAAUGUGAAAAAAAUGAAACACAAGCCUUAUGUUUGACGCUGUAACUUUUGAAAACACCAUAAAACCUGUACAUGAGGGGUACUGUUGUACUCGGGAGACUUCGCUGAACACAAAUAUUUGUGUUUCAAAACCGUAAAAAGUUUCGCAGCAAUAAUAACGUCUGUGUAAGUGCUGUUUUUGCGUGAAAAAUGCAAAAAGGUCACUUUUACUGGCGAUAUCAUUGUAGUAAUACAUUUUACUGUUUUGAAACACUAAUAUUUGUGUUCAGCGAAGUCUCCCGAGUAGAACAGUACCCCCCAUGUACAGGUUUUAUGGUGUCUUGGAAAGUUAUAGGGUUAAAUAUAGUGCUAGCAAAUUAAAUUCCCUUUACUUUCGGCAUGGGUUGUCAGGCAGGUCCCACUAAUUGUAAUUAAUUAAGAUACCUAAUUAUGUAAAAAUAUUACAUAAAUGUAGAAUAUAUAUAUAUAUAUAUAUAUAUAUAUAUAUAUUUAUUUAUUUAUUUCGUUCUACGUGUAUUUUGAGAUAUAUAUAUAUAUAUAUAUAUUAAUAUCACAAUACAGUUAGAACGAAAUAACAUACAUCUAUAUAUUUUUUAAUUAUUUAUUUUUAAUUAUUUUUUAAUUUUAUUUUUUUAACGUAUUUACAUAUUUUUUAUAUAAUAUAUAACAAUAAUUAUAUAUAUUUAAUCAGUAUCAGUCUACGUGUAAUUUGAUAUUAAUAUAUAUAUAUAUUAAUAGUAAAAUACACCUAGACAGUGUGUGUGUGUAUAUAUAUAUAUAUAUAUAUAUAUUAUUAAUUAUUUUUUUUUACACUUAUUAACUUUAUUUGACUUUAUUUCCAGCCUGCAGGGGGACUACCUGUCAUUACAGGCAGUCCCCCUGCUGGCAAUGCAGCAGCCAGCUAACCUGGCCAGGUGAUUGUGAGGUCCGACCUCACUCUCACAUGGGCGGGGGGGCUGCAGGAGAGAAGAUGUGCCUUGGGCUCCCUGGGAGUCCCCCCAACCGCGAUCGCCGGUGUGGGAUCGCCGGCGACCGGGUAAGUAAACAAAAACCGGAGGGCGUACUAUUACGCCAGGCUAGGUUUAGAGCCGUCUAAAAUAGGGCGUAAUAGUACGCCCUCUGUUCUGAAGGGGUUAACAUCUGAUUGAAAAUGAAAACUAUUUUUAUUUUUCAUGCAGGCUGUAUGUGUCACAACCAAGGGAGGUAUGGCUAGGGCUGCAUAAACAGAAAGUUAUAUAACUCCUAAAUUGCAGAGAAUUGAGCAGUGAGACUUCAGAGGCGAAAUCUAUACACCAAAACGGUUUCAUUAAGUUAAAGUUGUUUUGGUGACUAUAGAGGUCACUUUAAUGGUUUUUUUGGGUUUUUUUUUUUUUAAUAUCACAAUGGAUAGGAUAAGGCAUAUUGAUAUAAGGCAUACAUCCUUAUGUGAAGAUGUUCUAAUACAGCAGAUAUACAGAAUAAGAAUUCAAGAUGUGUCAUGAUGUUAAUCUGUAUAUAAGCAAAUAUAUUGAGUCAAAAUGUUUCCGAAAACCUUAGGAGAUAACUGCAUGAUUACCAUAAGUAAUGGAAAAAAAGUAAUGAAACCAUCAGAGAAUACAUAAACUAAUGAAGCCAUAAUCUCUCCCGCAAAAUUUCAAUACUAGCCUAAAUAAUAUGUUAGUAGUAAGGAAAGCUCUGCAGUCAACAUGUGGGACAGUGAGUUCCACAAUUUGUACUUUUUAAAACCUAAACCUUAUAACAAUGUGCGAAUGUCUAGUUAAAAAAAAAAAAAACACAACUAAAAAGUACAUCCUUAUGUAAAGCAGCUAUGGCGUAUAGAAUGUCACAAAAAAAGGAAUAAUGCAUUAACUAAUACCCAAUAAAAUAAACAGAACAAGUAUAGAUCUCAGUGGACCAAGUGUUUGAUAAGAAACAUCACCAUUAAUCUAAUGCUGUGGUGUAGCACUAAGGAAUUACUGUCCUUUCACUUUUGAAAUAAAGAAAAUAUAUAUAAAAAAAAAAAAGGAAAUUAUGAAAUGUUUCUUGUUCCCACUUACUUUCUGGGUUUAUCAUAGUGUUCAGAAAAGAGGUGCAAAAUUACCGUUUGAAUGUCCAUGCAUGUUCCAUUAGUUUUAAAGAUCACUUUUCAGGUUGUUCCAUUUUGGAGAUCUGUUCUUUAAACACCAAAAUAGGUAUAGAAAAUACCUAUACUUCAAUUUUGGAAAAUUGUUCUUCAAUAUGUGUGGUAAAACUCCUUGGAGAUGUACUCUAUGGACUACCAACCAGAUUGAAACAGCAAUAAUCCCAUUGUACAGUGCUACGGAAUCUGAUGGCGCUUUAUAAAUAAUAUAAUAAUAAGCAGAAUGAUUGAUUCAUAGCAAUUUUCAUUAGAUCUCAUGACAGUCACAAAAUUAAUUGUAAAAUAGCUGCAGUGUAAUGUGCAUUCUAUUAUUAUAAUAAUAUUAAAUGCUGCCAGAGUUAGAAAUAAGGAAGCUGUUUGGCUUGUAGUGGACAGUCAAAUUGGCAGUCCUAAUUAUUAUUAUUAUUAUUAUUAUUAUUAUUAUUAUUAUUAUUAUUACUGGUAUUUAUAUAGUGCCAGCAUAUUCUGUAGCGCCUUACAAUAUUAUCAAAGGGGGAGAUUUAACAAUAAAUAAGACAAUUACAAAAACUUACGGGAACAAUAGGUUGAAGAGGGCCCUGCUCAAACAAGCUUACAGUCUAUAGAAGGUGGGGUGGAAAACCCAACAGGACAGGAGCUAGCAAUCAAACAAGGUGGAGUGAAGCAGAGCUGGAGGAGAGAAUAGAGUGCUGCCGUUUAGGAGAGAGCAAGAGACAGGUAUGUGAGGUAGGGGUUACUCUGGGAGGCCAUAAGCUUUCCUAAAUAGUUGGGUUUUGAGGCACUUUUUAAAUGAUUAAAGACUAGGGGAGAGCUUCAUGGUCUUGGGAGGCUAUUCCAAAGGAAAGGAGCCACUCACGAGAAGUCUUGCAAGCGUGAGUUGGCCGUACGGGUGCGAGCAGCAGACAAGAGAAGGUCAAGGUCAGAGCGGAGAGACUGAGAAGGGGCAUACCUGAGGAUGAGUGAAGAAAUAUAGGAGGGGAUAGAAUUGGUCAUUGCUUUAUAGGGGUUGAUUACUACCUUGAACUCCUAUGGGAUACAGGAAACCAGUGUAAGGACUGAAAGAGGGGAGAGGUUUGAGAGGAGUGACAGGAGAGGAAAAUCUGUCUAGCUGCAGCAUUCAUUACAGACUGUAGAAGGGCAAUAUGACUUGUGAGAAGACCUAUUAGGAGAGCGUUACAAUAAUCCAUGGGAGAGAUUACUAGAGCAUGGACAAGCUCCUUAGUAGCAUCUUGCGCAAGUAAGGGGCGGAUGUGGGCUAUGUUUUUAAGGUGGAAUCUACAGACUGGAUGUGAGGCUGAAAUUUGAGGUCAGAAUCAAGCAUAACCUCAAGACAGGGCGCUUGCAAGGAUGGACUGAUGUGGGUACCACUCACUUGAAGGGAGGGCGAAAGAGGGGGUUAGGAGGAGGAAAGACAAGGAGUUCAGUCUUUCACCUAUACAAUUAUAAACAAGGGAUAUCAUUUGGGAUAACCGCUUUGUGAUUCAUGGAGCGAUCUGACUGCCAUUCUUAAAGGAUCACUAUAGGCACCCAGACCACUUCAGCUUAAUGAAGUGGUCUGGGUGCCAGGUCCAUCUAGGGUUAACAUUGCCUGCUGUAAACAUAGCAGUUUCAGAGAAACUGCUAUGUUUACAUAUGGGUUAAUCCAGCCUCUAGUGGCUGUCUCAUUGACAGCCGCUAGACGCGCUUCUCACUGAUUUUCAUAGUGAGAAGACGCCAGCGUCCAUAAGAAAGCAUUGAGAAAUGUUUUCCUAUGGACUGAAUGCGCGCGCGGCUCUUGCCGCGCAUGCGCAUUCAGCAGAUGGCGUUGGAAGGAGGAGGAGUGUCCCCAGCACCGAGGGAGCACGGCGCUGGAGAAAGGUAAGAUUUUAACCCCUUCCUACCCAUAGAGCCCGGCGGGAGUGGAACCCUGAGGAUGGGGGGGACCCAUUAACACUAUAGUGCCAGGAAAACGAGUUUGUUUUCCUGGCACUAUAGUGGACAUUUAAGUCGAGAAAUCAUUUUUUUUUUUUUCUAGUUUGUUGCAAAAUAAAAUGCAGUUCAAACUGUGGCGGUUUUGUGUGCAUUCUUUUAGAUCAACCGAAAAACAGAUGUGAUAAAGGCUGAACUCUUUUCAGCCUAUGCAGCUAUGAAAGAAUGCAUGCUUUCUGAAUGCUUUUGUGAUGAGAUGAAGUAGAGGUGCGUGUAGCUAAGUACUGAGCCAUUACAUGUUGCUUCUUCUUGGACAAGGCUUAACAAACCUUGAGGCAAGUGUUACUGUGAUGAUUUUCUGUAGAGCUGAUUGUACAAUUUAGGAAAGGGAUUACAAAUAUUUUAUCAACCACUAACAGUUUGUGAAUAAAUGUUGCAGUGUUAUGUUUAUCCUCUUUCUUUAAUCCAUAUUGUUGAAAAGUUAAAGAUUUUCUUAUAUUGCUUAUUAAUAUCUGAUAUAUCAACAUUUCAUAGAUAUGGGCCACGGACAUGAACAUCACGGGCAUGGAAAGCUUCACAUGCCUGAUUACCGGCAAUGGAAAAUAGAGGGCACUCCACUAGAGCAAGUACAAGAGAGACUGGCUAGGCGAGGUUUGAGAGAUCCGUGGUUAAGGUAUGCUCUUAAGACACAGGGCUUUAACCCCUUCCCUCCUUUCAGUUUACUUUUAUAAAUUUACUACAAGAAAGUUGCUUGGAAUCUAGGAGCCAGCUAAAAAAGUUAGGAGCCAGUUUGUUGUUUUUUGUUUUGUUUUGUUUUUAACAAAGCUUAAUUUUCAACAACAAAAUUAAAAUUCUUAAACACCUACUACAGUCACCAGAACCACUAUAGCUUAAUGUAGUGGUUCUGGUGUCUAUAUCCUGUCCCUGCAAGCUUUUCAAUUUGAACACUGUUUUUUUUUGUUUUUUUGUUUUUUGGAGAAUAGGUAUUGAGGCGCUGAAUGUUCCCUAUAGAGCUUCAUUGAUUCACUGCAUCUCUAUGAGAAGAUACUGAUUAGCACAUGCACAAUAGCCUCCCAAUGCUUACUAUGGGAAUGCAUUGGCAUGGCUGAGAUAUCAAGAUUAAUUUUGACUGGCAGGCGCGCGCUGGCUGACUGACUGGCAGGCGCGCGCUGACUUAGUUGGAAUUUCAUUGAAUAUGAGUAUUUCAUAAAGAUUCUAUCUUAAUAAAAUAUACAUUUUUAAGGGGGGUGACAGUGCUGCUUUAAUUUAAUAUUUGUUAGAGUGUGGAUUAAAUGGACAUUUUUUUACAUCAUAACCACUUCAUCUCAUUGAUGUUCUAAUUACUGGAGUUCCCUUGCACCAUAGCUUUGUUCAGUGUUAAAUGGUUUUUGAACGGCUUAACACUGAAUUAGAAUCCACAACAACAUGGAGCCCAACUCUUACGUGAAGUAUGACUAAGGAGGAAAUUACACUCUGUCUUAGCAAUACCAAUUCAUACCAGCAGUGGGCAGUCAGAUAGUGAUCAGCUGAUAUUCUUAGACUAUACUAUGCUUUCAGCCUAUCACUGGUUCCCAUUAUUGUUCAGGCUAAUGCAGAAGCAUUAGCCCAAACAGCACAGAUGGGCCGGAUCGUGGGAGCUGGAGGACUAAAGGCACUAUUACUACUUUGCUGAAAUGUAAUGUAAGCUUUGGAUAUUUCGAGAUAUGUUUCGUGAUCAGGGACAUUUUGUGAUGGCAAGUUACUGUAGUUGUGUUACAUGGAGGAACAUGGGUUACAGAGAAAAAGAAGGCAAAACAGUUGUGAAUUGUCAUGAUUUCCCCUCCUCCCCCCCAGAAAUGUAGAUUCAAUGGGCUUUCCUAUAAGAUGGUGCCUAGGGCUGAGUAAAUUUUGUGGUUUUUAAACAAGUUAUUUGUAUUCCUUCUGUCUAUGUCUCAAUUAUCAAAUUAUAAUGUAAACAAACACGAGGAAGUAUCUGGGUAGGGAAAAAACAGACUUACAGUAUUGUCUGCAAUUAUUUAAAUUGGUAGGAAGUGUUGUUUCUUGAUGUACGGUAUUUCCCUAAACAUUUAUUUUCUGUUUAUUUCACAGGAAUGAAGCCUGGAGGUACAUGGGAGGAUACGCUAAACCGGCAACCUUUAAAGAUGUUCUUGCUAGAGGCUUUAAGUGGGGCUUUGCAGCCUUUGUGGUAGCUCUUGGUGUGGAGUAUGUCCUAUUUCCACCAAAGAAGUCAGGAGGCCACCAUUAGAAACUAAAGAGAACACACAAUCUUUGCUGUACUUAAUAGAACUACAUUAAACUUAUUAAGGUGUCAUUAUUGUAUGUAAAUUUGCGCAUGUGUCAUGAUUUUACAGGAUACUAUAAAUAUAAGGGUUUUGCAAUGAUGCACUGGUGACAGUGAAAUUUAAAGCAUGGAAACAUAUCUUUAUAAUUCUUCACUCACAACCCAGUUGGUAAUACACAGCUGUGUUAUUAAACCAGAACAAUCGAAAAACUACCAUAUAUAAUUUGUCAUUUAUAUGCUAGGUUUGCAUAUGGGGUGAAGAAGUGCUGGGAAAAGCUUAUGCUGUUUUUUUAAAUUUUUAAGGGGACUGUCACAUCUCUAGAAUUUACACCAUUGAAAAUCCGCUAUAACUUGUGCCAGCAUUUGAUAAAUAUUCAUAGAAUCUAACAGCCACAUAUUUUUUCUUUUACUUUUGUGGCAUGUCACACAAAAUAUACAUUUAGAAAAUGUGUGUUUGUGGUCAAGUGUGUGGCCUGUAUGUAGUCGAGGCAUGUGUGUAUAGGAAUGAAAAUGAACGCAUGUUUCUGAAAGCUUGUGUGUGUGUUGGGGAAGGCUCUGAUGAGGUAUGUGUAUAUGGUGGGUCAGUAAUUUAUUAGUUUAUUAAAGGCAUACUAUAGGGUCAUGAACACAAACAUGUAUUCCUGAGUCUACAGUGUUAAAACCCCCAUCUAUCCAGCAAAACCUUACUUGUAUUCAAGUCUGCAGCUGCUGCCUUUGAUCUGCCUGCUUGGCUGACAUCAUGAGUAGUAAUUCUCUGGGCCAAUCACAAUUCUUUCCCAUAGGAUUGGCUGAGCCUGUCAAUGGGGCAGAUCAGAGGCAGAGCCAGCACAAGCCAAAUACAGCCCUGGCCAAUUGGCAUCUCCUCAUACAGAUGCAUUGAAUCAAUCUGGUUUUCUGCAUUUAAUUUUCAUUGCACACCUCACAAACACUUUUGUUUAAAUAUAGGGAUAAGUAAACAUAAUAUUAAAGAUCAAGUGACUGUUUGUUUAAUAAAGUGAACUUCUAUGCACUACAAAUGAUACACUGCAGAUUUUUUUUGAGUGGUUAUGGUGCAAGGACUCUUUAUUUCCUCUUGAUUUGUGUUAGAAAGUUUGAGAAAUUUUCCAAAAAUCUGGGGGAAUUCCAUUU